CAAGCCGGUGGUGCUCUGUCGUUAUGGUUGAUCCGAUUUGACUAAUAGGUUCUUUAUAGAUUGCCAAACCAUCCAAGCUCCUUGCAAUCAUGCCUAUGCCCGGCAUACCUCAAGGCGGGCCCGGGCCCAUGGUGCCCCAAGGCUCGGCCCCAGACCAUCCCCAGCAGCAUCUACAGCAUACAGGCAAUCAACAGCAAACGCAGGCCCAGUACUCAAAUUACCCUCAACACCAGCAAAGCCAAACUCAGCAGCAGCCAAACCCACAGCAGCCUUUUGACCCAGCAGCCAUGAAACUUACCAGGGGCACUAGCUGUGUGUUGUGUCAACAACGCAAGGUGCGUUGUGAUAAGAACAAGCCAUGUGCGAAUUGCGUCAAAGCACAAGUCGAGUGUCGAGUGGUGCCUCCACAGCCGCCUCGGCGUCGAAAGAAACGGCUGCAGGAAAAGGAUCUGAUCGACAGACUCAAGAAGUACGAGGGGAUGUUAAGUGAACAUGGGGUGCGGUUCGAACCCAUCGGCCAGGACCUGCGUUCCGACGGACCCCAAGGCGACGACGUAGAGGAUCUGGAGAGCGACUUUCACGAGCUCAAGGCCUCUCCACACCCAAGCAUGUCACCGUCAGCUGCAUCCACCGGGGAAAAACCAUCAAGUUCAAUCUUCGCACUACACAAAGAGUUUCGGGCUAGCGAGAAAAUGAUACAAGACUCGUCUGACGAGGAAGUCCAAGGUUCAACGAUCCAUCGAGCCUUUGACAAGCUCUUUAGCAACGAAGAUGGGUUCCCUUUUAUUGUUGGCGGCUCUUUUAUAUCCGUCACAAAAGCUCAUCCUAACCCUAUCCAAAUUUUCCAGCUGUGGCAAAUCUACAUUGAUAAUAUCAACUCACUGCUCAAGAUAACCCAUGUACCGACAAUACAGCCACAGAUCCUCCAAGCGGCGUCGAAUCUCGAGACUGCUCCCAAGAACAUCGAGUCGUUGAUGUUUGGAAUCUACCUCAUGGCGAUCACGUCCAUGGAGGAGCGGGAUGUUCAGAACAUGUUCAACGAGCCAAAGCCGGACGUACUCAAAAAGUAUUUGACUACAGCACAACAGGCACUUGUAAACGCAAGCUUCAUGCGCGUCGACGAUUUGCUCUGUUUACAGGCCUUUGUGCUCUACUUGUUCACUGUCCGCUGGUUUGUCGACCCCCGGCAAAUCUUCUGUAUGAUUGGAAUGGCUGUCCGUAUGGCGCAACGCAUGGGACUUCAUCGUGACCCGGGAGGUUACGGACUUCCACCCUUUGAAGUUGAGCAAAGACGACGCUUGUGGUGGACCAUCGUUGGCUACGACAGACGCAUUGGAGAGAUAACUGGCUCAACAGUGACUGCCCUGUCGAGCGGCGGUGACUGCAAAAUGCCACUGAACGUCAACGAUAGCGAUCUCCAUGUCGAUGGGAAAGACAUGCCAAAUCCGCACACGGGGCCAACCGAGAUGAUCUUUGCCUUGGCUCGCAUCGAAAUGUCCAUGGCUGUGGCGAGCAACAGCAACCGCGACAGUCAGAAGAUCAACAGCCCGGAGCCCAAGGCUAGCCCGGCCAAGGGGGACCCCAAGCCAAGUGCUGGCCCAACCAUACGUCUUGCAAUUCCCGACUCGCCGACGUACACCCUGGAUGGCUUUUGCGCACAUAUGGAGGGAACUUAUCUCUCGCAGUGUGACUCAAAGAUACCCCUUCACUUUUUCACCAUCACAAUGACACGGCAAGCUCUGUGCAAGAUGCGCGUCGUCAAUUUUCUGGUGCGUAUGCAUAACGCCGAAGCUAUGCCACUGAAGGGGGUCGAGAGGGAGGACCUCUUCCUGCAAGCUACGCAAAUGAUCGAGUACGACAAUGUCGUACAGUCGUCUGACAGCCUCAUUCCCUUCAAGUGGUACUCGCGACACCACUUCCCAUUCCCCGCGUACAUGUUCCUUGUACAAGAGCUGCGCACUCGGGUGCUGGGUCCAAUGGUGGAACGAGCAUGGGAUGCCAUCGCCGCCAACUACGACCUCAGGGGCCUUUUGAACAAUUUCCACAACCCCAUGCAUAUGGCAUUCAAGAACACGUUCAUAAAAGCUUGGGAUGCCCAUGCCGCAGCACUCAGCUCGCAAGGGAAGCACGCGCCUGUUCCUCGGUUCAUUGUCGUCCUGCAAGAGCGCGCCGAGCAAAGUCGCCAGGAGCGGGCUGACAAGCAAUCUCCCGUGGACCAGUCCCCUGGGAAUAGUCUGGCCGGAAUCGGACCAGCGUCGAACGUUGGCUCUGAGAAGAUGACCAUGACUCCCCCAGGCAUGCCAAGAGUUGGAGGACCUAUGCCUCCCAUGGGCAGGCCCGGCCCUCCAGACGAUGACCGUGACAUGGACUGGUCACACAUGGUGCAAGGCUUUCAAGAUCCUCAGCCACCACAGUUUAACCAAUUUGGUGGGUUUGGCGGUUUUGGUCCACCCCUAGGUGGUGGUGGAGGCGGCCCUAUGCCUGGCAUGGGACCACCACAUAUGGGGGCAGCCCCAGGACCAGGUGGUCCUCGCAUGUAUUGCUCGUAAGUGCGGAACCCAGCAGUGUUGCCUGCCAAUCUGCGAGGAAGACUUCCAAUGUGUCGCAGCGGCGAUGUUCUCGGAUCAAGUACACGUCGGAUCUCGAGUUCCAUGUUUUAAAGAUAUACGUGGGUGUUGUUGCAUAUAUAGUUGUAUAUAUUAUCAUGGUCCAUUUCGCCUUCAGGUUGUUGAUUCUUUGCGGCGUGAGUAUGCGAGCAUCGGGUCUAUGAUGUAGUAGCCAGUA